AUGGUAUUUACAGUUCAUAGUGGACAACAAUGGACUACAACCACAUUAAGUUUUGCAAUUAAACCUUAUCGCGCCAAAUGCCGAUAUAUCGACUUUCACGUUUAUAGUGGUCAACAAUGGACUACAGCAACAUUAAGUUUACAAUUAAUACCAAUGCAUUUUGCUGCGUUAGUGAAUAAUCAUCAUUUGAAUACUAAUAAUGGCAUAUACACUUCGAACGAUUCAAGUUAUCAUAUUUAUGGGAAAAAUAAUUUAGAGAUUACAUGUACAGCACAUAUUCAAUCACUUGAUUAUCAUCGAUCAACGAGUGUGCAGCUGACAGCACGAUUAGGGGAGCCAAUACAUGAGCGAGUUAUGUCACCGAAUGGGCGCAGCUGUAGUUUGAUAACAACAAAAAUGAAAUAUGAAAUAUUAAUAUUAAGUUCAUUACAUAUAUUAGUAACAUUGUUGUCAAAUAAUAAUAUAAUGAAAUUCAAUUUUAUCAUUUAA